AUGGAAGUCUUUUAAACAUCAAAUUAGAAAUAAAUUAGAACUAAGUAGAACAAAAAAUAAUUUAAUCUUUUUAUAUUAGGUAAGGCCUAAUAAAAAAAGGAUGAAUAAUAAUUGAAAGACACUUUUUAAUAUUAUAAGCUUAAAGAUGAAUAUUUACAAUAUUAAAUUCAUAAGAAUACAACUAAAGGAUUAAUGUUAUUCUAAAAUAAAAACAUUAAUAAAAGUUUUAUAGAUGCAUCCUCACAUGUUUCUAUUGAAUAGGAACAAUUAAGAACACGAACUCCUGAUAUUAGAGUAUUGAAGAGNAGUUCUCAUAAUCCUUAGAGAGAGUAAAUGCUAAAAUCAUUAUACUAAUUUAAAGCAUUACUAUAUGCAAACGAUCCUGGAAUAGAAAAAUAUUUACAUGAUCUAUAAGGAUAGAAAUCUCCACAUAAAAGAGAUAAUUCAUAAACUAAGAAAUCUAGUAGUGUUAGAAAAGAACAAGAACCAAUUAUGCGUCAUCCAAAACGAAAAACAUUAGGAUGUGGACAUGAAAUUGAUGUUGUAGACUCUUCAGGAGAAUGUCUUGUAUGUACAACAUAAUCAGUAAAUUUUAUAUUAAAAAUAGCCUUUUGAUGAAUUUAAAUCUAAAUGUGUAAAUGUUUUUAAAGCAUUAUAAUCCUUAGACAAUGAUGAUUUCUUUAGAAUUUUACAAUAAUUAGAUGUAAAUCAAUAAACUUUAACAUUAGGAUCCUUUAACUAUCUCUCUUUCUAAAUAAAGAUGCCAAUCCUCUACAGGUGAAUUAUUCAAAGACCCUAUGAAUUAUUCUAGAAUGGCAUUAGCAGAAUAGCAAACCAACAUUCAAUAGAUUAUAAGAAAAUGUCUUCGAUGUAAUAAGGAUAUCUAAAAUCAUGAUUCUAAAAAUAUUAGUUACUUUUGUAAUUCAUGUAAAAACUUUUGA